AUGGUUGGCAAUGAAAGAGAUCUUUUGUUAACAUAUCCCUCAAUAAAUGCUAGACCGGGUUUCGCGGCGUUUACCCCCCGGGGUUGCUUUGGCCUCUCGACGGUCAUUCCCCUCUUCCAUCAUUCCUUCCACCGAAGAUAUUCUGCUGCUAUGACUGCAAAGUUCAAGGAAUACAAGGUGGUUGUCGCUGGCGAAGCAGGCGUCGGGAAAACUGCUUUGACACUUCGUUUCGUGACGGGCCAAUUUGUCGAAGAGUACGACCCUACACUCGAAGAUGGAUAUCGCAAGCAAUUUGUCGUUGACGAUGAACUCUUCUUGCUCAAUGUUUUUGAGACCAAUUACCGCUCUGACGGGGCGGGAGAGUACGAGGCAUUGCUGGAGUACGAGAUCCGUCAUGCAGACGGAGUCCUUCUCGUCUACUCCAUUAAAUCGCGAUCCUGCUUCACAGGCAUCGAUAUCUUCCGUAAGAGAAUCCUGCGCAUGAAGAACGCAACUUCUGUUCCGCUCGUCCUUGUGGGCAAUAAAUGCGAUAAUUUAGCAGGGGAGAGAGAAGUCACCACGGAUGAGGGCAUGGACCUUGCAAGGCAGAUCGGCUGCCCGUUCUUCGAAACAUCAGCGAAAGAAGGGACCAAGGUGGACGAGGCUUUUUCAAAGGCAGUGCUCGACCGGGUUUGUCGGCUACUAGUACUUGUUUCUCCUUGCCAUCAUCCAGUUCGUCCCUUUUCUUAUCUCUCCUGCUUACAUUUUUUCGUUGCACUGGAUGAUAUGAAUGAGGAGACUCAAUCGAGGAUUCGGGAAUACAGCGUAUCUGUUGUCGGCUGUGACGGAAGUGGAAAGUCUUCUUUGACUAUUCGAUUUACCGAUGAGCGCUUUUUUGAGGACUACGAUCCCACCAUCGAAGAUUUCUACAGAAGGAUAAUCAUGGUUGGUCAAGAAAGUGCUUUUAUCGACAUUUCGGAUACCUCUGGAGGUCAGGAGGGGUACAUGGGGGUGGCCGGCUUUCGUGAUAGUCAUAUACAUGGGAUAGACGGUUUCCUGCUCGUGUACUCCAUUGGUUCGCGUUACACCUUCGACGAAAUCCAAGCCUUCCACCAAAAAAUUCUCCGGGUCAAGGAUAAGAGCUCCUUCCCCGUCGUCCUCGUAGGUAACAAGUGCGAUAUGCCAAUGCACCAGCGCGAGAUUAGCACGGAUGAGGGAACGACCCUUGCAAGCCUGCUCGGAUGUCCGUUCUUCGAGACAUCGGCGAAGAAUAAUAUCAAUGUCAACGAGGCCUUCAGCGAGCUUGUUGAGGAAAUCCGAAAGUAUAACAAGGAGCCACCAACUGUGCUUGCCAGUCGAGACCAACAUGAGGACGUACCAGGCUGCUGUACUCGCUGUAUUAUUGCCUAA